AUGAUGCGAUUGCUAAUGAUUGCAGUGAGUUUGGCGCUUCUGCAUGCGCACGUGGAAGCUAAUCCACGGUUUAACGGAUAUACGUACAACACGCCAGAAUUCACCGGGUACCACUAUACAACACCGUCGUGUGGUUUGCCGCCACCAUGCACGGACACUACGACAGUGUUCACUCCAACCACCAUUACCAAGACGGCUACGUCUGUCGUCACCGACUACAUACCAACGACGUUCAUCUCCACCAGCCGUUCUACCGUCUUCAGUACGGAUGUGGUUACGGAAACUAAAACGUUGCCACCUAGAACGUCCACCAAAACCUCUACCCUUACCAGCACCGUUACCUCCCGCUCAACGGAAACGACUACACUCACAGAAACGGAAACGGAAACCAAAACCAACACCGUCACCCGUACCCAAUCGAUCACCAAGACGAUCCCAACGACCAUUACCCGUACCCUGACCACAACAGAGCCUCCAGUCACCGAGACGGCAACGAAAACGGAAAGAUUAACGUCCACCCGUACCAGCACACUCACACGCACCAGCACCGUUACCGACUACCUGGAACCAACGCCAAUCUAUCUGACCGAAACGAAAACCAGCACCGUCACCAGGACCACACCGAUUCCGCAGCUAACUACGAUCACUCGAACGCAAACCAUACCGUACACCGAAACGGUCACACUGCCCUGCACACCGACGCUAGCCUACCUGCCACCGGCACCUGCAACCUGUCCACCGACUAGAGAGUAUCUGCCACCGACGAACGACUAUCUGCCACCACCACCGCCACCAGGGGUCGAACCACCGGUAAACUAUCUUUCUCCUAAGCAGAAGAAGGAUGUUUCCUAUCUUUUAUCGCGCAAGAGCCUGUUCCAGCUGCUCUAG